AUGGCUGCCGUUCUACCACUGAGAGUCAUUCACCGCAAAGUUAAGCAGUUCACUGAAGGUAACGCUGAGCCGCGCAGAGUGACCAAAUUCGCCGUCAAGGACCCUCGCGAACUCGCCGUGCAGAGGUUCGACAUCGUGUCUUAUCGAUGGGGCGAAAGAACAGAGCCAUGGAGCUGCGCUGAGCCAAGCGAGAACUGGGGCGGGCUUCCUGGGGUUACAUGGAGGAUUAAGGUUUCAAAGGCAAAGAUGAAGGAGCUGCUGCGGCUGAUGGAGGAGGCAGAUAUCGAGUUCUUAUGGGCCGACUGCGUGUGUAUUGACCAGGAGAACGAAGCGGAGAAGUCGGCCGAGGUUGGUCGCAUGUACGAGUAUUACAAGAGCGCAAACAGGUGUCAUAUUAUCAUCAACAUGGAUGAUGUGAUGGAUCCGCUAAACAUUCACAAGAACGAGACCGGGGCCCAGAACGAGGAGCAGGAGGAGGGACUCGAAAACAACUGCGAAAACUCACCAGGCUCUACAACACGUCACAACUCCGUCUGGAAUCCUCAAGCUAUUGUCAACGAUCUCAAGUUGCUCGAUCAUAUUUUCUACCACACGGCCGCCGCGGCGGUUGCAACUGAUACCUUUCUCAGCGAAAACGUGAUUGAGCAGCUAUCUGCGUGGGAAAGAGCCCCCUGGCUCUUCCAAAUCAGCAAAGUAGCAGUUCGCGCUGCGGCAGUUGAGCCAGGCAUUGUGAAUUGCCAGUUCGACACUUGGAUGGAUUUGGCCAUCGACGCCAGCGACAAGGCCGUCAAGCUCAGCGGAUGGAUAGAGGCAGGCAGAGUAUUCAAGACCAGUGGGAUUAGCGGCAUUCUGCAGGUGAUAGAAGAAGACAAGUACUGGCUUUCAUUUUUGCGGACACAGGUUCAGGGCAUCAGCUCGGCGAGGACCGAUAUCAUCGCUGGUGGCCCGCACUGGUGGCAGGAAAACCACAAAGGAAUCUGCAACAUUUUUUCUGCAAUAUCCAUCUUGCCGCGAACUUGUGAGGAGCGCGCGGACAUCUACAGGGGACUCUUAGGUGCUGGCGGCAGUGAGGAACUAGAAGCGAUCGCCUUCGCCUUCUUCAGACAACUGUCCCUCCGAACUGACCGUGCCUGGACUCGCCUGGCAAUUAGUAGCGGACGGCGCGGUAAGUGGGAUUGGAUUCCCAUGGUAUCGAACCCAUCUCACAUCACAACAACCGACAUCUUCGCCGGGGUCGUCGAUCUUGGAUCCCUGACGCCAGACGGACGGGUGAGAACUCGGGGCGUCACAGGGCUCCAAGGAACCCCUCGGCCAUAUGUCAGAUUCCAGCCGCAGCGGGAGGCCAAAAGUUCCGGGUUCAAAAUUGUCUUUCGAGGCUGCAACGCCGGUAAGAAUGUCAAAACCUCAACCUUCGAGUCCGAGCGCAUUCCUCUAAACACCAAGAUGCAAGACGUCGCCGAGGAUGAGACUGGUCGGAUUUUGGUGCAAAUUUCGACGAUCAUAGGAGCACUUUUGGACCCCACGGACGAUGUCAUUAAAUACCGCCAGAGACUGCUCACGAAACUGCAACCCAGGUGGCGUGUCACUGAUCCUAACGCGAAACCCGUACGCUGGUUCGAUAGGUGCGUCAGCGGCACCCCGUGGGAAGAUCCUGAAUUUGAGUACAUCCGCGCACAUAACCACUCCAUGAGUUACCGUAUGCCGGCAGUUUAUGCUUGCCAGUCGCGUCUCUGCAAUGAAAGCACCGAGGACAUCUCGUGCGAGAUCCGCGUUAAUUGCGGAUGCACCAUUGUUGCCCCCUUCUAUUUCGCAUUAGAAGCCAUUAUUGCUGUACAUGGGAGCUUCCUCGGCGAGACUUCUGUUGAUCUGGACAAGAACAACCGCAUCAUUUUGCAAGACGGUGUAGGAUUGAUCCAGCCCGGAGAUGUGGGCAAGGGAUUUCACAUUGUGGCCUUUGAAGGCGACAUCGACGCUCACCGAGAAUAUGCCGUCAGCUGCAGAAAGACCAAGAAAGGCAAGCGAGUUCAAAACACUGUUUCUUGGCCUCGUGGGAGAGCCAUUGUGAGGGACGAGUUUCACCAUGCAGCGACCGACAUAAUGAAGGACUAUGGUUAUAUCCAAACUGGGGCCUACAGUCAGGAAGACAGCUAUCUCCAGUCUGGGGGCUCCGGGAACUUGUUAUUAUGCAGAAAUAAUCCGCUUGAUGAUUACAGGAUUGUGGGUGUCUGUAUUGACAAUUUUAUUAAGAACAGCAAGGGAGAGAGGACAGUUGUUAUUUACUAG